UGAAAUUACUGCGUUAAGGUUUUUAAUCACGAUUAAUGACGCUUUCAAACCUUUUGAUAUUUGUAUAUAUAAUAUAUAUUUGUUUUUUUUGUUAAUAAUUGAUACCUCUGUGAUGAACUUAUUUUUAGGAAUCUUAGGAUAGCAAGAUAUUUAAUUGAAUUUGAAAGCAUGAUCAUGGGAAGGUAUAGGCAGCAAAGUUACCAAGCAUACAUUCAAUGAGACAAUGACUUCCCAUGCUUCUUAUUGGGAAACUUUCACAUCGUGGGUUGAUACAAAGGAAACAAUGGUGAGUGGGGCUUCACCAUCGCGGAGAAUUUAGGAUUGGCCAUGGUGGGAGGGACCAGUUAAAAUGAAAUACACUAUGGGUGAAGUGGACAUGGCUGCAAGACAUUUAAAGGAAUCUACACAAUGAUGAAGUCAGUUGAUUGGCAUGGCCUUAGUAUUAGACUUUGUGGCUAGAGUGGGAAUGCAAUUGUUAACUAUCUGAACAUCUCAGGGAGAGGAAGGCAGGUAUCUUUAAGUCCAAGGAAUUUAUACAGUUCCUUAAAAAUUGACCAAUUAUAUAAACAAGGUUAAUAUGUUUAAUUGUAUAUAAUAGUUAUAAUUGAUAUACCACUACACUGACUUAAGCUGAUUCCAAAGUUUGCUAGACCCCUAAAUCACCCACCAAUUCCAUUACUUCUGGGUGGGCUAGACCCUCCAAACAUAUAACUUUAGAAGAGUUGAAUGCCCUCAUUACCAUAGAAGUGGUCUACAUGAGUAUAACAGUGCCCACCCUACAAUUUGCGCACUGGCUGUCACCUGUGGACUGGCCCUGGACAAGCACACAAUAAGGGAAAACACACAAACACAAUUUAGGCGCAUACUAGACUCUUACGGCUUCUCAGACAGUGAGAAUAAUGUGGUUGAUAAUUCAGGCAGAUAUCACAUUCCAUCUUUAGAGAUUAUUUACAAAACUAAUAAUUGCAUGUAAAUAUUCAGCUUGCCAUGAUAAUUGCACUCAACAACAGAAAAUGUCAAUACUCAGCCACUGCAUAAGGAAUAACCUCUCACUCGAGGGAGGUCAUUGCCUCCAGGGGUAUACGUACUCCCAUUUGCGCAUCGAUGUUGUUUUCCAGUAGUUACGGUAUUAUACCGGAAGAGGCCUUUGGGCGCAAGCCGUCUGCGAUAAAUCAACAUCACAGGGUUCAUUUUGAUGUCAGUAACUGUAUCCUCUCGCCAGUAUUCGAGUAAAAUAUGUCAAUAAACAUGUCACCGUGUGGCUCAACUUUUGAAGAACAGCUUUCGUCCAUAAUGGACGUGCUUGCGAAAGCGGCUGUAUCUGAAAUUAGCCAACUGUUCUCGGAAGGGUCGGCUACUCUUCAGUUACAAAUAACUCAGAGCCGUGAAGAAAACGAAGCGCUGAGAACGAGGAUGAAAGUUAUGAGGAGUGAGCUGUUUUCUUUGCGGCUUCAAACAAGAUCGAAUGCAUCGCGUGCGCCAAGUCGUUUUGCCUUGGCUCGAGCCAACCUCUGCAAACCGCGGACUACAUCGCUGGGAAAUGGCCUAAAGCCCCUGAUGGAACAAAAGGCGGUUGGACAUUCCCCUUUUCAUUCACCAACCAAAAGUGAGGCUUCCUCUGUGACAAGUCCAGCAGAGCAGGAGACCCCCGAUAUCAUUUUAAUCAAGAUUGAAGAGGAUAUCAGUGGAUGCAGGACAGCAGCCUUUGGAGACCGCAGCACCCAGAGCGGAGUCACCGUGGAGAGUCUCCAUGUGGACGCCGCUGGCUCCUCCCACGUGUUCAGUCAAAACGCGGAGCUGCGGAUCCUGAGUGUCCACGGGCAAGGGGGGGGGCAACUGGUGUUGGAAGGCCAUGACACCCUCUUCACAUCUUCCGAAGUCGAGGCCCUGAACUCGCUGUCUGCGGACUGCAACGUGGCUAAGAGCCUGGACUGUGGCGAGCGGAUGGAUUGCCGCAAAGAGCUGGCUGUGCAGGAGAACCCUGACACCAUUUUGAUCAAGGAGGAAGAGGAUAUUGGUGUAUGCAUGCCCCCUGUAGAAGACUGCAAUGACAUCAGAUACUGUAGCACACAACGCAGCGCCACCUCGGAUAGUCUGCAUCCGGACACCCCUGGCUCCUCCCACAUGUCUAGGCACAAUGGGGAGCUGCGGAUCCUGAGUGUCUGUGGACAAGGGGUGGGCCGGCUGGGGCUGGACAGCCAUGACACCCUCUUCACCGCAUCCGAAGUGGAAGCCCUAAGCUUGCUGUCCGUGGACCACAGUGUGGCCAAGAGCCUGGACUGCGGCAAGCGGCUUGUCCACUGUGAGGAGCAAACUGGCCCUCGGGGCGGUCGCAAGGGCCGGCCCUGUGUCUUCUGUGGCAAGGUUUUUCCCAACGCUUCCAAGAUGACCAUCCAUAUGCGUAUACACACCAGCGAGAAGCCCUACAGGUGUGACCAAUGCAUGAAGCGCUUCACUCAGAGGUGCCACCUGAAGAUCCACAUGAGUAUUCACUCCAGGGAGAAGCCCUACAAAUGUGACCAAUGCAUGAAGGGCUUCAGACGGAGAUAUGAUCUAAAGAUCCACAUGAGGAUUCACACCAGGGAGAUGCCCUAAAGGUGUGACCAAUGCAUGAUGGCCUUCGGCCGGAGCUCUUGUCUGAAGAUCCACAUGAGGAUUCACUCCGGGGAGAAGCCCUGCGUAUGUCACCAGUGCAACAUCAGUUACAGUCGUGCCAGCAGUUUUCGUCGCCACAUGAUCAAGCACAAGGGCAAAGGAAAUUACUGCUUUUAGGGCUUUACGAUUAAAGGUUUUUAUCAAUUAAAAUGUGGGCAUUUAGCAGACGCUUCUAUCCAAAGCGACUUACGUAGGUUAAUACACACCAACGUGUAUACCCCGUUAGCUAAACCAACGUCGUCUUUAAUCUUAUCAAGAUUAAUUUAAUCAAGAUUAAAGACGCUUUCCAGCUAUUUGCUAUUUGUAAAACUAAACUUAAUAUUGUUAAAAAUUGCUCUCUGUGAAUUUCUUAUUGUUUGGACAUUUCGGAUAUCAAAAUAUUUGAUUAAAUUUUAAAGCAUGAUCAUGGGAAGAUACAGGCAGCAAAGAUACCAAACAUACAUUCAUUAGAAGAUGGCUUUACAUGUUUCUUAUUGGGAAACUUUCACAUCGUGGGUUAAUUUAGGAUUGGCCAUGGCUGAAGUCAGGCACGGUGGGAGAGAACCAGUUAAAUUGCAAUACACUAAGGGUCAAGUGGACAUGGCUGCAAGACAGUUAAAGGAAUCUACACAACGAAGAAUUCAGUUGAUUGCAUGGCCUUAGUAUUAGACUUAGUGGUAACAACAGGAAUGCAAAAGUAACCUAUCUUAACAACUCUCAGUGAGAGGAAUGGAGGUAUCUAUAGGUCCAAGGAAUUUAAAUAGUUCCUUGUAAAUUGACUAGUAAUUAUAUAAACAAGGUUAAUGUGUUUAAUUGUAUAUUAUAGUUAUUAAUAUUUCCACGACACUGUCAGCUCAUUCCCAAGUGUGCUAGACCCCUAGAUCAGCGAUUCCCAACCCCCAGUCCGUGGACCUGUUAUGGCCGGGCCUUUAAAUAUUUCCAGAAUAGGAUAAUAAAAAAAGAUAUUAUUUAAUAUUAUUAAAAAAUUUUAUGUCAUAUUUAAUUACUUAGGCUAUACGAGUCAUGUCAUUUCCUCCUAAUACACAUGAAAUUGAUCAAUAUGAAAUAAAAACACUGUAAAUUAUGCUCUGUAAAGGUGUCUUUGCACUACAUUUGUUGACUGACUUUUCUUGUAACAUUCUUGUGUUUCUCUCACGUCUUAGACAGUAAAUAAUGAGGUUGAUAAUUUACGUAAUUCAGGUAGAUUUCACAUUCCAUCUUUAGAGAUUAUUUAUAAAUGAUUAAUUGCAUAUAAAUAUGCAGCUUGCCAUGAUAAUUGCACUCAACAAAGAAAAUGUCAAUACUCUGGGGCGUCGCUAGCAAUUGAAAAUAUUCAGGGUUGUAUGUCAGAAGUCCUUUUAAGACGGGUGUUCGGGGGUUUCUCCCCCGAGCAAUUUUGAAAAUCAGGGUGAUGAAUAUGCAAUUGUAACUUAGUUUGAGAAGGAGAGAAAAUACUAUUCUUACUGUCUGACUCACGUCGGGCAGGUCUACUGCUGGCGCACCGUAAUAUGUCUCUUUCCUAGCCAGUAUAACCUAGUUCAAGACCAAAACAAAGUACGACAGCUCAGCUGUCGCACGAAUAAGUACGCUUGUUGUAAAAGCAGGCUUAUGCAUCUUUAAAUUGUCAAAUUAAUGAAGUGCUCUAUUAAGGUGAUCAUAAAUCAUCUGAGCCGUGCUUACAUUGAUAUGCUUACAUAUAUAUAUCACCCUCAAUAGUCUAGAGAUCAAUGUUUCUCAAUCUUUUUCUACAAGCGUAACCCUUCUAAGAUAUUUUUAUAGUGCUUGUGAAGUACCCCCUUCACAAGCACUUUUUUUGUACUGAAAUUAUGUCUGUACGUUCUCUUUAGCAUGUGUCUGUGCUUCAUUAAACUGUUUGCAAAAUUCUCCCCA